CGGCCGCCGUCAACGAGGACUGAUCACCCUCGCACAACGACGACCUCUCUACCUCUCUAUACACCCUAGAAAAAAAAUAAUUCCUCGACGAUGUCGAAAGAAAACGUACCUGGUACCUUCCCGUUGAGCUCCCCUGACCCUACGGGUAAAACGAGCGUCGACGCAGGCACACUCGACCUGGGUGUCGACAGUGCAUGGACUCGCGGUAACGAGGUCACCGCUGGAGUUGAGCGAUCGCUCAGUCAGAGGGCCGAACCCCCGACUAGCGAUCAGUUAUCUUCAGACUUGUGGUUGGGUGCUCUGGGAGCCCCUUCCAAGUUGAGUCUAUCAGCCCCCGGCAUCUCUGAUGACGUGGUUGGCGAGAUCAAUAAAAUUGACGCCACGUCGACUGACGAAGAAAUUAAUACCAUGCCAUCAGCGCAUAUGAGCUGGUUUGACUUACCUGACGACGACGAACUCGGCGAGGUCCCCGAGUUCCCAGUAUUGUAUCCAUCAGUCCGUGCCCUUGAGUCCACGCCUCAAAUCAUCGAGGAGUUACUUGUAACGUCUGAUAAGCUUGAACGAAAGUUAGGAAACGAGAAGACUCACCGGGACGAAAGGACUGAGCAGUGGGCCACCGAAGCAACUCGUCAAAGAGUCCCAAAGGAGACCCGUGGCCUAGGCAACAGAACCUUGUUCUCGAAAGCAGGUUACGAGAAGAAAGAUCUCACCGGCAGAUAUUAG